UCACUGAAACUCUCAUCAAUCUUUAUAUAUAUAUGGAUUGUAUUAUACGCUAUAGUUUGACGACGAAUGGAAUUUUCAAACGCAAAUCGAAUAUUUCAAUAGUUCGCAUUGAGAUAUUCACAAGACUGGGAUGAUGGAGUCAACUUCUUCCUUGUCAUUGAUUAUUCUGUUCUUAUCGUUCGCAUGGAGUCGAGAAAUAUAUUCAGGAAAUGACAUUGAUUUUGAACGCUUGCAAGGAGUUUGGUUUCUCACACUUGGCCUGGACGACUCAUCCUGGAACGUAUUAUGGAAAUGUCAUGUUGUUGCACCUUUCAACGUAACAGAUAAUAGGAUGAGUCAAUACUCAUAUAACUUACCCAAGAAUAAACCACAGAUUCCACACUCCUUUACAGAAGAUUUAUACCGCGACCAUCUGGGUCAAAUUUGGAAUAAUCAUCAGUUCGAGAAAAGCUGGGAAAAGAUAGAUACAGAGCUUUAUCAAGAACAACUUUCUGUAGACACAAAGAUGAGACUUCCCUCUAAAGGUGAGCCAUUGUUCUACUCUCAUCCACAUGACUAUUCAACCGACUAUUCUACUUUCUUUAGUAUAUUGACUUCAAUGGAGGCUGGUCAGAAGCUUUUACAAUUUUUUACCAGAACGCCGACAAUAAAUGAUGACAAUCUUUCAGAGCUCAAAGCUUUUGCAGUUGACCAAGGAAUCGACCCAAACACAUUAGUGACAUUCGGGUGUGGUGACCUGAAUCCAUCGGAUUAUCUGUUAGCUUAACCCGAAUCUGAACAUUCAUGCUUGUAAUAGUGUUUGUAACAAUGUUUGGAAAAACUUUCAAAAAAAUAUUUGCAAUUGUAUAUGUGACUUAAAGUGUAUAUUUAGAUCAAUGUAGAAUUAACCAAGUUGAAGAAUUAUGUUAAUGUCCGUUACAUAUUUGAUAAUUUUUAUACUCAGCUUUGUUUUAUGCCCGAAUGACCAUUUAGACUUCGAAAUCUAAGAAGAACAAGAAAAACAAAACAAAAAUAUCUUGAAGUGCAUAUACAUUGUAUUCACCACAUGCACGAUGUUGCUGACCAUGCCAAAUUAGAAUGAACGGAACAUUCCUGU